AUGAAUGCUCCUGCAGCCCCACUUGGCAGGGAGACUCUUCGCUGCCUGGCUCUGGCUACCAUCGACUCACCACCCCCGGCCGCUUCCUAUAGUCUGGGAGACUCGGACAAGUUCAAAGAUUAUGAGGCAAACAUGACCCUGGUGAGCAUAGUGGGUAUGUUGGAUCCACCGAGACCCGAAGUGGCUGAGAGCAUCCGCCUCUGCACCAAGGCCGGCAUUCGCGUGAUUGUCAUCACUGGUGACAACAAGGCCACCGCUGAGGCCAUCUGCCGCCGCAUUGGACUAUUUGCGGAGACUGAGGAGACGACCGGCAAAUCUUUCACCGGACGUGAGUUUGAUGACCUCUCAGAGGAGGAAAAACGCAUGGCGGUGCGCAAGGGAAAACUCUUUGCUCGUGUGGAGCCCGCGCACAAGAGCAAGAUUGUGGAAUUCCUACAGGCUGACCACGAAGUCUCGGCCAUGGUUAUUACUCAUGUUGCCUACAUUUUUCCUUACAAACAGACUGGUGACGGUGUCAACGAUGCUCCGGCACUAAAGAAGGCCGAAAUUGGUAUCGCCAUGGGCAGCGGAACCGCAGUGGCCAAGUCCGCCUCUGAAAUGAUUUUGGCUGACGACAACUUCGCAACUAUUGUUGCUGCGGUUGAGGAGGGUCGAGCCAUCUACAACAACAUGAAACAGUUUAUUCGCUACCUUAUCUCCUCUAACAUUGGCGAGGUGGCCUGUAUAUUCCUCAUCGCGGCACUGGGCCUUCCCGAAGCGCUGAUCCCUGUUCAGCUGUUGUGGGUCAACCUGGUCACAGACGGUCUUCCCGCAACGGCUCUGGGCUUCAAUCCGCCCGAUAUUGACAUCAUGGAGCGACCGCCACGCAACUCCAAGGAGCCCCUCAUCAGCACCUGGCUCUUCUUCCGCUACAUGGUGGUUGGCAGCUAUGUUGGCAUUGCGACAGUUGGUGCCUCAGCCUGGUGGUUCCUGCAUAACCCCGAUGGUCCAAUGGUCUCUUACUACCAGCUGGCGCCAGCGCGUGUGCGACGUUGGUUGCGAUGCGCAGAGAAGACGGGGCGAUUGCCUCACGGUCAGCGGGUUGAGGUCUGUAUGUAA